GUAGAUCUGCGAUUCAUUCAGCAUGGAGAAGUGAUUUGAUAAUUGUCUCGAUUAGAUACAAGAGCAAACCAACAGCCGAUCAAUCAGAAUGGAUGCACAGGAGUCUGGGGUAUAUCUUGUGGAGACGAAAUCGUAUCGCCACUGUUUUGCAUCUGGGUUACGAUCUCCUCAGCUGAAACAGGGUCAGCGUGUACCAUGCUAUCAGAUCAUUCAAGAUGGCUUGGCUCCUGUGUACGUCAGCGGCCUAUCAGAUUCGGCCAACGAUCGCAUUCAACCGUGUGCUGUUCAGCACGUGAGCGUUGAUCGCAGGUUUGCAGAUCGGCUAGGGCUGCAGAGCCGCAAUGAGGUCAUUGUGCAUUCCAUCCAUGCACCCAGUGUGUGCACUACUGCCACAUUGGAACCACUGACUCCUGAAGAGUGGGAAGUACUGGAACUGCACGCAUCAUUUGUGGAGAGUCAGCUUCUGAGUCAGAUUCGUGUGCUGUAUCCUGGUGUGGUGUUCCCAUUUUGGAUCAACCUCUCAACGGUUGUCUACUUGAAAACAGUCUCCUUUGAACCAGCCGGUGAGUGUGUACUACUCGAUCGUAACACCGAGGUUCAAGUCGUUCCGAAGGUUGCGUCAUCUCCCGAUAUUCCUUGGUCAACGUCAGCACAAUCUAAUGAUCGCCCUAGUAAUCACCCCACGCCCAAGCCAGCACAGCAACCAGCUACCAGUGCUCCAGUCCAUGUUGCUGCUUCGAAAAGCACUUUGAAAUCGGAGAAGGCGACAGAAGAUGUGAACCGGUCAAACCCCAGGGGCGACGACUCGUCUUGGCUUGGCUCGCUACACGAGUGGUCAACGUCAAAGCUUACCCUGCUACACGAGUCCCUGUCCUCUGCCAACUGGCCCGCUGUGUCCAUGGAAGGAGGUAUGGUGUGGGGUGAUACUGGUGCUCCUGUCAAUAGUGGUGGCAGUGGCAGUAGCAGCAGCACCGCCGGUAACAACAACAACCGGGGGGCUCCUGUUAGCAGUGUUGCUGAGUCCACCAGCAGUGGUCAGCUCAGUGAGCCAGCACGUUCUGACAGGCACGCAUGCGCAGUUGCCAACUCUGCUAUAUUCCGUGUGCAGCACCAGCCAAUGGGUGAUGUUGGUAUUCCGCGUUGCUGCUUGCAACAGCCCAACGCUGUCUUGGUUGGUUGUAAGACAUGGUACAAGAAGUUUAAGUGCUCCCCUGUACCCGAUCAACACGAGUGCACGGACGGCUCCGACGACGUUUAUCUGGCUACGCUGCACACGUUUCAGCAUGACAUGCCAUCGAGCACAUGGUGGUUGAAAAAUGCGGCGCUGCAUCGCCCUGCACCGACUCGCGGCGGCGCAGCGGAUACUGGCAACAGCGGUGGCGCUGGUCAGCUGGUGACAGUGCAUGUACUGUGCGAGCCGUCGUUGCCCGGCUCAUCGUUUCUGCCCGGUCACGUGCUAGUGGAUGAGGUACUGCGCCGGGUCAGUGCCAUACCGGCACGUCAUCCAGUUGCACUCUGCGAUGUCGGAGCACACCGGCAGAACUGCGCACUCAAGGGGAUCAUUCUACGCCCGGUUGUUGAGGCUGCGCAGGUUUCCUCGUUUUCUGAGAGCGCCGUCAAGGAAGCCUUUGUUGCUUUUGUCGAGGAGAUGACGUGUGAAGAACACUCGUGGAUGGUACCACAGCACUCUGUGUGCACAUUGAAUGUCGACUCUCUUGCACUUGAUGUGAGAGUGGAAUGCCUUGGAGCACAGGCUGCUACUGUUGGACAGCGGUCUGUGUCAACUGCUCCUAUCUUUGCUAUUGACGCGGCCUGCCUGGGAAGACUUCACAUAGCAGUGGACUUUCAAACAGCAGCCGCUACUCCACGCGAAGGUAAUCCUUCACCAAUGCCUGCACUGUCAUCAGUUGACCAGAGCCGGCAGCUGCAACAGUUCUCUGAGCUUGGUGGUGUUCAGUCGCUGGCAUUGCGUGGCCUGCGUGCAUUGCUCCCGGCCCUUACGGUCGCUCAUGCUACGUGUGGCACCGACAUUGCCAGCAGCAGCAGCAGCAGCAGUGGCAGUAAGGAUGGCGGUGUUGACAUGUGCUGCCCAGCGGGCGUCCUAGUCUGCGGUGCAGUGGCAGCGUCGCAGUCCGGCCAGUCCGCACCGCAGGGUGCUAGUGCUAAGAACCCAGGUAGCGAUGCAGUAGCGUCACAAGCGUCGGCCCGUGUUGUCUUUGGGCGCACAGCGCUUGCUGAGGCACUGGCCCACUAUGCCAGGGAAUCGCCGGCGCUGGCACAUGUUGAAGUUAUCGAGUGCUUACACUGGAAAGGUAAGCGUGGCGAUGCCAUUGAGAACAAGCUACACAAUGUCCUGCUGCAGUGUGUGCAGUGUCAGCCAUCCAUUCUGCUUCUAGACGACGUGGAUAUGAUCGCACCAUCGGCAGCUUCUCUUCCUGAUGACCGACAGGAUUUAAUGUAUGCAUCUGAUCGCUAUGCUCAAGCUCUGUGUGAUUUAGUAGAUGAGUUGCGCUCUGGCGGCCAUCGUGUAGCGAUCAUUGCUACAUCAGCGACCGCUGAUAGCCUUCACCCCACAUUAUGCCGGAGGAUAUUCCAUGAGCCACUAGUCAUUCAGCCACCAAACAAGGAAGACAGGCUGGAGAUAUUGAGACGCUUACUGCAGAAAGCGGACUUGUCCACCAAGGAGGACUUUGAUCUCAGUGACAUUGCAGCCCAGGCGGACGGAUACGUAGUCGGUGAUCUUCAGCAUCUGGUUGCGCAAGCUACUCACCACCUAGCUUGCCGGACGAUUCAGUCUCUUGAGGCAGUGGCCGCGCUAUCAUCCAACGACGGUUCUGCUGAAAGCUCAGGCGGUGCUUCAUGCCAGCUGAUCGCCGAAGACUUUGAGCAUGUGAUGGCGGACUACACACCUGUUCUGUACCAGAGUGUGCAGGGUAGUGGCAAGCUGGCGGACAGCACAACGUUUGCUGACAUUGGUGGCCUGGAGGAUGCCAAGGCAGCAUUGAAGCAAGCACUCAUGUGGCCAGCUAAGUAUCCACAAGUAUUUUCUCAGUGCCCUGUGAAGCUGACAUCCGGUCUACUGCUGUACGGCAUGCCAGGCACGGGCAAGACCUUUCUGGCUAAGGCUGUCGCUCAGGAGUGCAAUGUGCGCUUCAUCCAUGUCAAGGGUCCGGAGUUGCUGAACAAGUACAUAGGUGCCAGCGAGCAAGCAGUCCGCCAGGUUAUGGCCAGGGCAUUGGCUGCACAGCCUUGUGUGGUCUUCUUUGAUGAGUUUGAUGCCCUAGCACCAAGACGUGGUCACGACAGCACUGGUGUGACUGAUCGUGUUGUCAAUCAACUUCUCACCCAACUCGAUGGUGUAGAGGGCAGGGAAGGUGUGUUUGUCCUAGCUGCCACCAGUCGUCCUGAUCUUAUUGAUCCGGCAUUACUACGCCCUGGUCGGCUGGACAAGUCCAUCCUCUGUCCACUGCCCAGUCGGGAGCAACGGGUUUCCAUCCUACAGUGUUUGGCCACGGAGGUGAAGUUGUCAGCAGACAUCCACCUUGAACAGCUAGCCAGCUCCACUGUGGACUUCACUGGUGCUGACUUGCGUGCUCUACUCUUCAAUGCACAGCUUGCAGCCGUGCACAGCGUGAAACCGCAGGUGACUGGACAAGCGGGCUUAGUCUUGACCCCCGAUCAUAUCUCCUCAGCCCUUUCUUCUACUAAGCCAUCGCUACCCGAUGCGGAAAGGAAAAGGUUGGACAAACUCUAUGCCAAGUUCUCCAAGAAGAGGGAUGGAACACCUGGUGGACACGAGUGGCUGGAAAACCAGAGAGCUACACUGGCUUGAAAGUUGAAAGCAUUCGUGUAGCCUAGCACUCUACUCCUCCACACUCUUCAGUACACAGUCUCAGCAUACUCCUCUCAACAUUGGUCCGCAUUGGUGUAUACGUUAAGGCUGGUUCAGACAUGCAAGUUGUUAUGUAUUGGAGAUAUACCAUAGUAAAGCUGUUGAAAAUUGAGUAUGAUAAUACUAAUAGCAAGACGGUAUCAAAACGCAUCAUGGAUUGAAUAUUGUAGCUGGCGGCAAGCAGAAAACACAUUUUCAGAUAUUACUUUCAUGAACAUAUUUUUUACUAACUUUUAAUUAAUUCUAUUAUUUUUAUGUUUGAUCUCUUCUUCUUUACUUUGAAGCUGGUUCUUCAUUACCUGAUGCAGAGCUUCCUCUCGAAGAGGAAGCCCCUUGCCUUUUACGUGUAUUCA